GAUAGACAAAUAGAGAGUGCGCGAGAGAUAGGCAGGAGAUGGGAAGAGAUCUGCAUUCUUGUCGAUGCGGAGCUCCGCAGGGACUGUGGCGGCGAAAAAAGGGUGAGGCAAGGGUUUGAGACAUGGCAAGUGUACUUUAGUACGGUGUGCAGUGUACGGAGUGGUAGUGUACAGUACAGGGUAAUCAUGAUCUGGUUGUGUGUGUGGCGCGCCCGGGGGACAAAAACCAACCUCAACCCCCAUCAGGAAUGUGGGCGAAAGAAGCAAAAGUUUCGAGGGCUUCGAAACAUGUGA